GGGAGGCGGCUCCGCGCUCCGCACACAGUCGCACGCGGCGCGCUCGCACACUUGGAAGCGCCUCCCCACGGCCCUCCCCUGCCCUCCUCCUGCUCUGCUCUCCGCUCUCUCACCACAAAUAGUCGCCGACCGACUGCCAAUCCGCCUCUCUCUCUCUCUCUCUCUCUCUCUCUCUCUCUCUCUCUCUCUCUCUCUCUCUCUCUCUCUCUCUCUCAACAACAUGACUGACUGGGAAGCGGUGGCUCAGGCAGAGCGGCUCUGCUGGCGCAGGCGAGAGGAGCAGGAGGAUUAUUAAAUAACGCAGCCGGACUCUGUGCAACUGGGAGUGGAGAGAAGGAGCGCCCCGGCCGAGAAGGGGAGGGAAGGCAGAGGAGGGGGUCCGGGAAAGACACCCCGUGCCCCGAAGACAUAAACCCCGGAGUGCCGGGGAAGAGCCUUAACAGGCGGCGCGGAGCCCGCAAGGCUGCUAAGUUGGCUAUCACAGUGCAAGCUUUGGGGUCCCAAUGGGGGACUCUGGAUCAAGACGAUCUACCCUGGUCUCCCGGUUGCCAAUAUUCAGAAGAAGUAUUAGCAGACGACAUGAUUCUCUUCCUUCUUCACCCUCUUCCAGUAACACAGCUGGUGUCCACAGUUCCUCUCCUUCCAGCACUAACUCAAGCUCAGGUAGUACAGGUAAACGCAGGAGCAUAUUCCGCACUCCUUCCAUUAGCUUCCACCAUAAGAAAGGGAGUGAACCUAAGCAAGAACCUACCAACCAGAACCUUAAUAUUUCAAAUGGUGCUCAACCUGGUCACAGCAAUAUGCAAAAACUGAGUUUGGAAGAACAUAUUAAAGUGAGAGGAAGACAUUCUGUUGGUUUUAGUAGUUCACGAAAUAAGAAGAUAACAAGAUCUUUGACAGAGGAUUUUGAAAGGGAAAAGGAACACUCAACUAAUAAAAAUGUCUUUAUAAAUUGCCUAAGUUCUGGUAAAAGUGAGGGGGAUGAUUCUGGAUUCACAGAAGAACAAACUCGUCGUUCUGUUAAGCAGUCAACAAAAAAGCUGCUUACUAAAUCUUUUUCAUCUCACUAUAAAUUUUCUAAACCAGUUCCACAGAGCCAGUCCAUUUCAUUGGAUCAACAAUCGGAAUUCUCAUUGGAAAGUACACAGUACCGAGAGAGAGAACCUGAAUUAGUAAGAGCUUCUCCAUCUUGUUCUGUGGAUGUAACAGAACGGGCAGGAAGCUCUUUACAAUCUCCCUUGCUUUCUGCUGAUCUUACCACAGCUCAGACACCUUCAGAGUUUUUAGCCUUGACUGAAGAUUCUGUGUCUGAAGCAGACGCAUUUUCUAAAAGUGGAAGCAUGGCAUCCCACUGCGACAACUUUGGCCACAAUGAUUCUACCUCUCAGGUCUCUCCUAGUCCUGCUGCUGUUGCAAAGGCAACAAUAGACCCUAUGGGAACUGUUUCCUGUGCAAUUAUGUCUCCUGGGAAGUAUAGGUUAGUAGGUCGGUGUAGCACUGAAUCUAAUUCCUUACCAGAAACCUCUGCUGCUAAUCAGAAGGAAGUGUUAUUGCAAGUCACUGAACUCCCUGUUACCAAUGGGAGUGACUCAGAGACACACCUAUCAGCAGAUACUCAAGGAGAAGAGCCUGUGGUCUUACAGAAUGGUGAUACAAUGUUGGUGACCAGCUCCUCCCCGAGGAAACGUGGAUUUUAUGAGCAACACAAAGCAAUAACUGAACGCGUUAAAGGGAUCCAUCCUGUAUCCGAUUCGAGAAUAAUACCUUCUUCUGGUGAUCAUCAUAUUUUUAACAAAACAUGUGGAUAUGAUGCAAAUCCUGCCAAAGUUCUUGCCAGUAGCCUCAGUCCAUAUCGUGAAGGAAGAUUUAUAGAGAGACGACUGCGGUCCUCAUCAGAAGGAACUGCAGGGAGUAGCAGAAUGGUUUUGAAAACAAAAGAUGGAAAUUCAGAAGAAGUUAAUAGUCUAAGAAAGCAAAGAGCAAGUUCGUCAUCUUCAAAAAUGAACAGCAUGGAUGUUUUAAAUAAUUUGGGAUCAUGUGAACUGGAUGAAGAUGAUCUAAUGCUUGAUCUAGAAUUAUUAGAGGAACAGAAUCUUCAUCCCUCUGUUUGCCGGGAGGAUUCAUACCACUCUGUAGUCUCAUGUGCUGCCGUAGUUCUCACUCCUAUGGAGCCAACAGUAGAAAUGAAGAAAAGAGAAGAACUAAAAUUUCCUGAACCUUCCAAACAGAACCUCUCACUGAAAUUAACGAAAGACAUCGAUCAGGAAGCCAGGUGCUCCCACAUUAGCCGCAUGCCCAGCAGUCCAUCUGCAGAUUGGCCCCUGCAAGGCGUGGAAGAGAACGGAGGCAUAGAUUCUCUGCCUUUCAGACUGAUGCUACAGGACUGCACAGCUGUCAAGACAUUAUUAUUAAAGAUGAAGAGAGUUCUGCAAGAGAGUGCAGAUAUGAGCCCAGCAAGCAGCACCGCUUCCCUUCCUGUUAGUCCUCUUGCGGAAGAGCCGUUGCCUUUCAAGGAUAUAAUGAAAGAUGAAUGCUCAGUGUUGAAGCUGCAGCUGAAAGAGAGGGAUGAACUCAUUUCCCAACUUCAGGAAGAGCUGGAAAAAGUAAAGCACUUGCAGAAGGCUUUUGCUUCAAGAGUAGAUAAAUCCACACAGACUGAAGUUCUAGGCUAUGAUGGUUUGAACCUGAAGAGACUGGAGGCGGUACAAGGAGGGAGAGAGGCUACAUAUCGAAACCGAAUUGUGAGCCAAAGUCUCAGCACAAGGGACAGAAGAGCAAUGCAUACACCCACCGAGGACCGUUUUAAAUACUCAUCAGCUGACCAGACAAGCCCCCACAAAAGCAAGGCCUGUCAACUAUCAAGUCUAUGUUUAAGUAGUUUCUUGAAGGACAAGGAGCUAGCGGAAGUCAUCAAACACUCAAGAGGAACUUACGAAACCCUCACUUCAGAGGUUGCCCAGAACUUAAGGGCCACAGCUGGGCAGAACUCUCUGAAGCCAAUAGUUAAGACCGAAGGGCUGGCCACCUUCUCAGAGAAACCAAAGGACCAGGUGGCCGUGGCUCGACAGCAUUCGACCUUCACAGGCAGGUUCGGACAGCCGCCAAGGGGACCAAUCUCUUUACACAUGUACAGCAGAAAGAAUGUUUUCCUCCAUCACAAUUUACACACCACUGAACUGCAGACUCUGGGCCAACAGGAUGGGUAAUUAAAUCACCCUAUUCCUGGCUCUGGGUAGGAUAAAUAUGGUCAGUGUUUCUCGUUCAUAGAUCAUUUAAAUUGUCAUGUACUCCUUACUACUUUUUUUUUACAAAGAAUUGUGCACUUUUUUUAGAAGAAGGGUCCAAGCAUGUUAGUUGAAAUAGGUUUAAUAGCCUUGAAGACUUUAUUAUAUGUAUAUGUAUAGUAAGUGGGGACAUCUUGCAGGUUUAUACAGCUCAUAAUUUAUUUUGUCUUUAUCAUUCACUGAUAUCCAUUGAAGUUCCAGAAAGUAAUAUCAAAGAGCACUCUACUCACUGAAUGGUGUUACUGUGAAAAUAGAUGUGAGGAACAAGUAGAUGAAGAAAUUGUAAAGAAUUUUAAAUGACAUAGUUGAUAGAAGGUGAAGAGAAGAGGGAUUUUAAAGUCUUCUGUUUGGUGGUGUAUGCAUUUGAAGAACAAAAUUUGCUUGCAUGUAACCUAGAGAUACCUCCGUGUCUCUGUUACAUACAUUCAAGCUUAUCUCACCAUACAAUAAAGGAGGAAAGACUAUUUGACCUCUAAGUGUUUAGUUCACACUAGCUCACAAAGGAUUUUAGACUGAGUAAUUGCUAGCUGAAUAAAGAAGGUCAGCUCCGAUCUUCAAAGAAUGUUGUUUUUACCUUUUGUUAUUGACAUUGAAGAUCCAAGACAUAGUGCAGUGAGGUGGUAAUGGCUACAGCUGGUCAGAUGAUGCAUUAAGUUGACACACUUUCUCUUUGGAUCAUGGCAAUAUCAGAAUAUUUUUAGAAGUUUUAUGCAUGAAACAUUCUAAGAAAAUUAUUUUACUUCACUUUCCUUGUAUUUUUAAAAUGUUCAAUUAUUUUUAUGUAUAUUCAACUUCACCCUAUAUACAUCAACCCAUACACGAUGAAUUGAGGAACAGAAAGUCAGUUUCUAGGUAGCCUCUUACACAAUAUUCUGACUAUACAGUCAUCUAGAUAUGGGAGAAAAAGUUAAAAAUGUGAACUUUGGCAAUUUGAUUUUAGAAAUACAUCCCUAACAGGAGUAUUGAAAACUCAUUUGAUGGUAAAUAUUUCUCCUCAACAAAUAAGGUCUAUUAUGUUUUACACUUAAGUGCACGUGAGAUUGAUCAAUAAAUCUAAAUAAUUUCUUUAUGGUUAACUACAACCAGAGCUGGAUGCAGCUAUAGAAGUAAAUAAAUAAAACAAACAAACAAAAAAUAUAAAUAAGUUACAACCAGUAGGAAUAAUGGCUGCAGUUCUCUUAUACAAAGAUAAAAGCUCAUAAAAGUCUCCACAUUAGGGCAUUGCCCAUGCAAAUUGAAACUUGUCAUAUCUACUGCAUGAUCUGUUUUACUUACAUUCUCUGAUAGGCAGAAUCCAUCAGUGUGUGCAAAUGAAAGGAAUAAAGGAAAAUUGGGAUAACAGUUUUGAGCAUGGCAUCUGACUGACCUGCUUAAAUAUGUGAAAUGCAUCUCCUAGUACAAAAUAUAUUUGAGCUCUGUGCUUUGGGUGAAAGUCAUCAGACUCCUCCCCUAGCUUUAACUACUAAAUAUAGAUCUAUUUUCCAACUUUGAUCAGAAUUCACAAAAGUAUAGAAUCUAGUGCAUAUGUUAUACUUGUAAUUCUAAAGAAAGACACAUGUGCAUCAAGAAAAAUGUUUGCCAAAUGUUUUCUUUCUUUGUGUGUUUGUAAUUCUGCCAGAAGAGAAUGAUACACACUACAAUUUGCUUGGCUUAAAUAAACUGCUAUCUAAAAUUUCCACUAUAGUUUAGAAGCUAUAACAUUUAUGCAGAUAUACAUUUUGGGCUGGGCAAUUUUUAAGACAUGAUAGAAAAACAUGAAAUUAUAAUUAUUAGUUGUGGGAUUCAGUUUUAUUUGUCUUGAAAGUUGAUAUAUGUUGCUAGAGUAUUUGAAUUCUGUAAAUAAGUUAGCAUGAUAAAAUGGUCAAGGAUUUUUUCCCCGGAAUAUGGAAGAACUAUGUAUCACAAAUAAUGUUUUUGAUUUAGACUU